GAAGGGUUUAAUUGUCAAAACGAUAAGGAUCUAUCUGAAAAUUAUAUCAAAGAUUGGGUUUAGUAAAUUAAUUAUAACGCCGGAGAAAAAUAAAAAUGGAGCGAAACAAUAUAAGCAUCAACUUCCCUUACUCCAGGAAACAUUUGUUGCAAGGAAUCUGACAACACUCUGUUAUUUUUGGUGAUAUCGAAAGUUUUUCCGAUCAAAUUUUUAGUCUCGUGCCAUUUUCAUAUGUAGGUAAUCAUCAUCUACGUCUGGUAUGAGAAGGUCAGCUAGGGAAACACCAACAAACAGAAGUAUGAGUUCAAACCCUUCAGGCACUCGAAAGUCCGAGCGACUUGAGAAGCGGACUCCAACACCUCUGGUUAAGGGAAAAGAUAAGAAGCAGAGUACUCAGAGUCCUUUGAGAAGGUCUGAGCGGGGUAAGAAGCAAUUUUCUUCAAGUUCUUCUGGGUCAAAGAAGUCAAAUAAAAACAUUGGCAUAUCAGUUAUGAAAAAAAAAGUAAAGAAAGAGAAGAGUGUGAAGCAGUUGACUUUUGAAACUGAAGAAGUUAGCAGAAGUAAGACACAGGUGGAAAAAAAGAGAUUGAAUGCUCGUGAUUAUAGGGCAUUAUUCAACCUGCAACGAAAGAAAGUUAGUGUGGCAGGUUGUGGCAAGGAACUGAACCUGGAGAAUAAGUUAUCUCAGGAAUGUAGCAGCAGUGAUGAAGGUGGUGCUUCCAAGAAUGUUGGUAGGGGAAAUGAAUGUGGCCGAGGGAAGGUGGAGGAAUUGAGAAAAAUCCACACUGGGAGAGGCUCAGAAAGAACUAAGGAAGAAUCCAAUUGUAGUCUAAGCAAACCUGCUGAUGAGAUAGUGGAAAAUAACAUUGGACUGGACUCUUCCCUCUCAAGCCAAAAUCAUAAGUUUGUGGAGGGAGCUCAUCUGUCUGAAGAUGGAACCAGUUUGGAAAAUUCUAAAGGUGGUGAUUGUGUACUGCUGUCAUCCCACAAAACAGUGUCCGGAAAACAAGAUGAUUGUGAUGAGAUGGCAAAGAAAAUUGUGCAAUCUGAGUUGGUAACACCUGCGUCGAGUGGCGGGCUACCAGAUAGUGGUGGUGGAUUGGAUAUUGGUUCCAAGGACAUACCACCAAAAAGAAAAAGAAAUACAGACAACAUAGAUUCAGAUUCUACUGCAUUGGCAUCAAGUAAAGAUGUUUGCCCCCCUCUUGCCAAUGCCAUCAUUUCUUCUCCACAUGGGAGCAAUUUUGCAGAGUCUUGUGCUACAUCUUUCAAGAAGCAAAGGGUCAAUCACGAGUUGCAAAAUACAAAGGAUAUCUGUAAUGCCUCUUUACCUAAGGAUAGAGGGGAAAUUGGACGUGGUGUUACCACAGGGCUUGCUGAACAAUGCAUUACCAACUUGGAAAGUAAAAAUUCUUCCGGAGAUUUUCAACUAGAUGGCAACCAAAAUAUCUGUCUCAUCUGCAAGCUUGGUGGGAAGCUAUUGUGUUGUGAAGGAAGGGGGUGUAAAAGAAGCUAUCAUCUUUCUUGUUUAGAUCCUCUUUUGAAGGAUGUUCCUCCUGGAGUUUGGUACUGUCUUGCUUGUGUUAGGAAGAAGAUAAAGUUGGGCGUAUAUUCAGUUUCAGAGGGAAUGGAAUCAAUCUGGGAUGUUAAAGAAGUGGAGGUAUCAGGAUUACAAAAGAAGCAAUAUUUAGUUAAAUACAAAGGUCUUGCGCACGUUCACAAUCAGUGGGUGCCAGAAAGUCAACUGCUUGUUGAAGCUCCAUCACUCAUUGCGAAGUUCAACCGAAAAACCCAGGUUCAGAAAGUCAAUGAUUUUCUUUUGGCAACAAAAUGGAAGUCAGAGUGGACUGAACCACAUCGUUUGCUACAAAAACGAUUGAUAGAGCCUCUCAAGCAACAUGAUGAGGUUCAGUUGGGUUGCCGUUAUGAGUGGCUUGUAAAAUGGCAUGGUCUUGAUUAUGAGCAGGCAACAUGGGAGUUGGAAAAAGCUUCUUUCAUGGAAUUGCCAAAAGUUCAAAGCCUUAUGAAAGAUUAUGAGAAUCGUCAUGAGAAGGCAAAGAGAGGUCAUUGUUUGUUUGGAAUAGAUAAGAAACUUGAGAUAAAAAAUGGUUUAUUGGUUAAACUAUCACAGUUAUCGGCUGGAAGUUUGACAGGGAUCGACAAUAAUCGUCUAGACUUUAUCCGCUAUCUUUUGGACUGCUGGCAAAAGGGGCAGAAUGCUGUUAUCAUUGAUGAUCAGUUACUAUGUCUGCAGGAACGAAUUGUGAAGGUGAUUAAAUUUAUUUCAUCUUUGUCCUCCUAUGUCUCUCGGCCUUUUCUUGUAAUCUCUACUGCGCUUUCUUUGUGGGAUGAAGAGUUCUGUCGUCUGACUCCAUCUCUUGAUGCUGUGUUUUACCAUGGAGACAAAGAUUUACGAAGAAGUAUUAGGGCAGUGGAGUUUGUUGGAGGAGAAGGCAUAAUGUUUGAAGUACUUGUAACCUCUCCAGAAAUUAUUGCAGAGGAUCUAAAUGUGCUUGGAUCAGUAAAAUGGGAAGCAAUAAUUGUUGAUGACUGCCAGCGGUAUAAAGUACAGUCAUCUGUUGAACAAAUUAAGGGUUUAAGCACAGAGAUGAGGCUUCUGCUUUUCAAUGGUCAACUAAAGGAUUGCUGCAUUGAACAUUUGCUGGCUCUGCUUGAUUGUCAAAGUGAUAUGAAUGGCUUUGCGAGCUUAUCAACUAAAUCUAGUCAUAAGAUGGGUAAUUUGAAGGAGAGGUUGUCAAAAUAUAUUGUCAAUGGUUCCAAGUCAGACUCUUUGAAAUUUGUGGAGUACUGGGUUCCUGUUCAGAUAUCCAAUAUACAGCUUGAACAGUAUUGUGCUACUCUAUUUUCAAAUUCUUUAUUUCUUUGCUCAUCCUCAAAGAAUGAUCUUGUUGGUGCACUUAGCGAUAUUCUUGUCUCAAUCCGGAAGUGUUGUGAUCAUCCCUAUCUCAUGGAUCCAUCACCAGAAGAUAUUUUGACAAAAGAUGCAAAAGUGGUUGACAUUUUAGAUAUUGGAAUAAAAGCAAGCGGCAAGCUACAACUUCUUCAGGCAAUGCUUAUUGAGAUAAGAAACAGAGGUUCAAGAGUGAUUGUUCUUUUCCAGUCUAGUGGUCCAGGGAAGGAUAAGAUUGGAGAUAUUUUGGAUGACUUUGUGCGUCAAAGAUUUGGUCAGGAUUCUUAUGAGCGUAUCGAUGGCUGUGUUAACCAGAAAAGGAAGCAAGCUGCUCUAAACAACUUCAACAACCAAAAAACGAGAUUUGUCUUUCUAUUAGAAAGCUGUGCUUGUUUACCGAGCAUCAAACUGUCAUCAGUCGAUACUGUUAUCAUAUUUGGUAGUGAUUGGAUCCCAGCAAAUGAUUUAAGGAACCUACGCAAGAUAACACUUGAUUCACAGUUUGAACAGUUAAAAGUAUUUCGCCUAUAUUCAUCUUUCACUGUGGAAGAGAAUGUUUUGAUCCUUGCAAAGCAUGAUAAGAUCCUUGAUAGCAAUGUACAGAGCAUAAGCCGUGCUACUACUCAGAGUCUGCUUAUGCGGGGAGCUUCAUAUCUAUUCCGUAAGUUGGAUGAGUUUCAAAAUAGCAGUAUCCUGAACACCAACAGAAGUUCAUCAUUUGAUGAGUCGUCUGAAAAAGAUGUUAUCCGAGAUUUUUUGACCAUACUUUCUCAAGAUGCCAAAGAUAACAAUUCAAGCACCUUCUCUGUAAUCGUGAAAGCUAAAUUAAAUCAAGGAACUUAUGUUUCUGAUCCACCAUUGCCUGGUGAGCGAAAAUCUCAAGUGAGGGAUGAAGAGUUUCCCCAUAGAUUUUGGAAAAAAUUGUUAGAGGGAAAACAACCAGAGUGGACAUUUACAUCUGGUUUGUCUCAAAGGAACCGGAAAAGGGUUCAAAACUCUGAGGAUAUUCUCAAGAAACCAGAAGGUGAGCAUGGGGAAGUUGUGAAGAAGCACAAGAAAGCAGCCAACAAUGAUGUUGGCCAAAACCAUUUCGAAUCUGCUCCAUUUGAAGGAAAUACUGAUACUGGGAACAAUGAAGGAAAUCUUGGAGGUCCAUCUCAUAAUGUGCAUCAAUUGAUGUCUGGAUCAAGUGACCAUCUUAAUGCAAGUUAUGCAAAUCAUGCUCCGAGUCUCCAAAGUUUGACUAAUGUUAUAUUAGAUGAACCAUCAAGUAACAUGGCUAAGUCAAAUGAAAGAAUUAAUGUGCAUGAUUCACAAAAGAGUCUCCAUCUCCUUUUGAAACCAGACAUGGCAAAACUCUGUGAAAUUCUAAAACUCCCAGAUAAUGUCAAGGCCAUGGUUCAAAGUUUCCUUGAAUAUGUGAUGAAUAAUCAUCAUGUUAUCAGAGAACCAGCAACCAUACUGCAGGCAUUUCAGAUAUCCCUGUGCUGGACUGCAGCUUCUUUGCUAAAGCACAAAAUUGAUCACAAAGAAUCUCUUGCACUUGCAAAACAGCAUUUAAAUUUUGGCUGCAAGAAAGAAGAGGCAGAUUAUGUGUAUUCUAAGUUCCGAUGUUUGAAGAAAGUAUUUUUAUACCAUACAGGGAAUGUUAUGCUAACCUGCUCUUCAGAAAAUUCUCAAUCAGUGACUAGAGUUGUUAACAAGGAGUAUUUACAAGCAAGGUCGGGUCAGGAACUUUUGCAGCUAGGAUUGGCAAAACAAGAUUUUUCAAAAAGUAUCAAAGAUAUUGAGAGGAAAUGCGAUAAACAGAUGAGAAAAGUCUCACAGAAGCAACAGGAAGAAAUAGUGGAAUUUAACAAAAAGUACAACGAAGAGAAGGCACAACUUGAGUAUAAGCAGAAAACAGAGGCAGCGGUUAUUCGUUUACAUAGUAAUAGUUCAAUGAGAAAAAAUAAACUCAAGUUACUGGAUAUUGAAUACAAAAAAAAGUUUGAAGAACUUGAACAGCAGAUGGUUAUACGUCGUAAAGAUCUUGAGGAAAUGCACAUGGCUGCUAGGGACAAGUUGAAAAAGAGAAAAGCUUGUUGGUUGGAAGGAGUGAAGUCUUGGGCUCAGGUGGAAUUAAUAAAUAAGCCGCCUUCAAAUAAAAUUGGACAUAAUCAAGAAAAUGCUGCCUCAGUGAACUCUUAUUUGAAGAAACAGAAUCCUGAAGUAAUUCAAGGCAUGCAAAACAAGAAAGUUCCACUAGAAGUUCCUGAAACAGUAAGUUCAGAUGAUGAUGAUGACUAUCUACUCCCUGGGGUACAGUCUACAAAUGAACAGAUAUUUGAUGGGGUAAGAUCAGACUUGCCUGAUGGAGAGGCUCCACUAAGAAUUUCCACAGCUAUAAGCUUGAGGGAUGGAUUGGAAGUAAAUGUACCUUCAUCUAGAGAACAAUUUUCUAAUGCAGAAGUUCCAUUAGGAGUAUCUGAGGCUGUUAGUUCCAGUGAUGGUGCAGAGCACACUAAUAAAUUCACAUGUAAUGAACAUAAUAAUGGACCUACGGUAAUGAGGCCUCAAAACCUUUCGAUGGGAGGGUCUGAGAUUGCCAAUUCGGUUGGCAGCCAGGAGAACAUCCAAGGGCUUGAAAGUUCUCCUGAAGCCGUUAUUGGGGAGAGAGAUGGUGUUCAGGCUCUGAAUUUAGAAAAUGCUACUGAAGUUGAUGAGGAGGAUGUAGUUUGUAUUGCUAAUAAAGAUCCUAAUUCCAGAAUGAUUGCUGGAUACCAGCAUAAUGAAAAGGUUUCUUCAGGAGCAAUAGAAAGUGCUUCCAAUAAAGCAGCGAGUGAUAAUAGUUGUAAGCAGCAGAAUGAAAAGGCUCUGAUGGAGAGGACUAUAAGCAACGAUUCUUCAGAUAAAACUGCUGGACUUGGCCAACAGGAUACGGGGGCUGCAUCAGGGGUGCCUGAAACUGCUCUAAUUGAAGAAAUUCAGGGUGGUGAAACUAGUAAAGAGCAGGAUGGGAUGAUUGAAGCAAUUGAGACUGUCAAUAAUGAGGACUCUCAAUCUUUGGGUAAGACUGCUGGACUUGGCCAGCAGGAUACAGAGCUUCUGUCAGGAGUGAUUGAAACAGCUCCUAGUGACGUAGGGGAUGGUGGUAGCAGUGAUACACGGAUUGGAGGAUGUGCUGUGGCCUCAUGUGCUAGUACUAGAGUUGUUCAGCAGGACUUAGUUGUUCCAGUUACUAAUGAAGACAAUCAUCUCCAAGAACCGUCUCUGGCACUGCAAGUUGAAUGCCUUUUGCCAACUGGAUCAACCAGAUUGCAAGAUGGAGUUGCAUCAGUGAGCAUGAAUCCUGAUAAUUUGCAACAAGUUGAUGCUUCAGUGCAGCGUCAAAAUGAUAUUGCUGCUAGUCCAGAAAAUGUUGAUGCACAUGUCGCAGAGCAUGUGCUGCAAAUGCCACCCACAGAGUCUGCUAUAAGUGUUAAUGCCAUGGAUUUACCUUCAACUAGUGAAACCCAACAUCAGUCAAACCAUGAAGAUUUUAUCACUUGUAACAUUGCUGGGACCUCAAUGCCAAUGGUAGAGGACCAGGUGCAAUGCUCAGAUUUAGCAAUUUCACAGCAUGGGACACAUACUACUCAGCAUCUGCCUGCUGACAUUCCUGUUCAUGGAUCAGGGACACAUGUAUCAGAUACAAGGACCCUACCUAUUUCUUCAGGAGUUAAUAAUUAUACUGUGCAAACUGUACCCCCUGUUCGAGUCCCCCCUCUGCCUUUCUAUCACGACCCACUUCAAGUUGAAUUGGAGAGAUUGCGCAAAGAAGCAGAGCAAAUUGUCAAUGCCCAUGAGAACACGAAGCUGCAGUUGAAAUCCGAUUGUGAACAGGAAGUUGCCCAGAUUCGCAAAAAGUAUGAGGUCAAACUUCAGGAGCUGGAAUCUGAAUUCCUCAUGAAGAAGAAAGAAAUGGAUAUGAAUGAGAAAAAAGUUCUUAUGAACAAGAUCUUAGCAGAGGCAUUCAGGUCGAAGUGCAUGGAUGUCAAGGCAUCUAGUGCACCUGGCAUACAUCAAGAGGUGCCCUCGGGUUUCGUGCAGCAGCUGCUUCAGCGAUCAUCACAGCCUGCCAUUGUCACUGGUCUGUCUUCAGCUGGUCAACCUACAAGCGGCCAACAGAUUGCAAUUCCCAGCGCACAUAGUACUUCAUCUCUGCAUGCUGCGCAUCAUUCUCCGGGACAUCUCUCAGGAAAUUUAACGAGACCACCUCAUAUCAACAACAUUUCCCCUGCCACUGGCAAUCUUCAAAUUGGAAGUGAAAUUCGUUGUCCGGCCCCACAUUUACAACCUUUUAGACCUUCAGCAUCCACAACUCCGUCCCUUGCAGUUGGGACCUCGAGUCAACAGGUGCCCAGCAACCCCCCUACAACUUCUUCCCCACCCUUCCAGCCUGCAUUUCGGCCACAGCCAUCCACACAGCAAUCUCAUCCCCAUAACAAUGCACAUGGUCCUGAAACUACAAGAUUUUUGCCACCUCUUAGUAGGUCCUCUCUAUCUGAAAUCGAGUUGCUUAUGGAGGUAGAUAAUCAAACAAAUACAAAUACAAAUACAAAUCCUUCCAGCAAUUUGCGCCCACUCCCAAGUUUGGGUUCUGACUCGGAUCCUGUGGUCCGGCCUGAGCUUGUACUGCUAAAUAAUACAAGAGCAAGCGAGGCAUGUCCAAGUGAGGUGGUUUGUUUAUCAGAUGAUGACUGACAUGUUAUGCUUCUGCUAUUUCAUGGGGCACGAGGAUCCUCUGAGCUUUAGUUUCUAGAUCCCAUUUUUUUUGACGUUACGUGCAUUCAUGCGGUGUUAGGGAAAGUUCAUGGAAGAAUGUGCUGCUGUAUAUGGUUUAACAGUUCCUUGAUCUCUCAUAAUGUACAUUAAGUUCAGUAUUUUGUUUCCAUAUUGUAAAUUUCACAUCUGCUUGGAAUCUUAUAGAGUAGGAAAGCCCAGAGCUCAUCUCUCAUUUUACAUGCAGUUUCGUAGGACAGAUCCCUGUGCAGUGGCUCGAUCUGUUCCUAUGUAAUCCAAGUUACAUUUUUGCAUCAA